AGUUUCCUUCCUGAAGAAGGCGGUGGACCAGAAGAACCGAGCCCUGGCCAGUCUGAACCAGGUGAUGAACGUGAGUGCGGCUUUGCUGUCCAGCCAAGAAGGCCAGAAGCCCAUUGCUUGCACUGUCACUGCCAACUGGAGCUGCCUCCUGCUCCAAGAUUCCGUCACCAUCUCCUGUCUGCUGGAAAACUGCAGCGAGUACAGCCUGGAGGAGGGCUGGACCCUCUGCGUUCAGCUCCUGGCCAGCCCCUGUGCCUUAGAGGAGGAGUCUGUGGAUUCGGCCACCACCUUCACCUUCCCCAUCGACCAGCUCCUCCCCGGGAACAAGAGGGAGCUGACACUGCCCCUCGGCUCUGCUGCGGACACCAAGCUGGACCUGCCUCUGACCAUCUCCUGUGCCCUCUACUACAGUUUACGGGAUAUUUUGGGCAGCGGCUCCGACUCCCCCGAGGCCCUGGAGCCGGAUGACUCGCCCAUCCUCUCCCCGGACAGAGAGGGGAUCUGCCUGCCCCUCAGCGAAUGCACCAUUGACAUGCUCCAGUGCCUCCGUUUUGAGAACAGCCCCCCCAGGCCAGAUGCCUCCCCGCCAGCAGCUGCCCCCCCAGACCCUGUGGAGACCUUCCUCAAAGCAUCCCGGGAGCAGACUGAACCCGAGGGGGCGAAAGCCGGUGAGCUGCCAGAUGCCCCAGGAGAGGGAAACCUGCCCCCCUCGGCGGCAUCCAUCAGGGUGUCCUCAGAGCUGCUGAAAAACGCGCUGAAAACCUCCGGCUCAGAUGUCCCGCUGAGCUGUGCCACGCUGCGCUGGCUGCUGGCUGAGAACGCCGGGGCCGAAGCGCUAAGCAGUGAGGAGGUGGCAUCGGUGCGCGGCACGGCACCAGACGGAGGCGAGGUGCAGCUGCUUGUCCGAGAGGUGGCCAUGAACGACCUCAGCCCGGCAGGCCCCAUCCAGGCUGUGGAGAUCCUGAUGGAGAGCCCGUCCCUGGCCGACAUGUGCAGGAUGCACCACGCCGUCAUCCGGCGCAUCCAGGUAC